AAAUCGAUGAAAGGAUUCCUCUUUGCUAAACUGUAUUUUGAAAUCAAAGAAUAUGAACUUGCUAAAAGAUACAUAUCUACAUACCUCAGUGUGCAAGAGAGAGAUCCCAAAGCACACAGAUUCCUUGGGCAGAUUUACGAAGCUGAGGAUAACAUAGAAAAAGCUUUUGGGUGUUACAAGCGAUCUGUGGAGCUGAACCCAACACAGAAAGAUCUUGUGUUGAAGAUUGCAGAGUUACUAUGCAAUAAUGACAUUACUGAUGGAAGAGCAAAAUAUUGGGUGGAUAGAGCUGCUAAGCUCUUCCCUGGGAGUCCUGCUAUUUACAGGUUGAAGGAGCAGUUACUGGAUUGUAAAGGUGAAGAUGGGUGGAAUCAGCUUUUUGACUUGAUUCAAGCAGAACUUUAUGCAAGACCAGAUGAUAUCUACAUAAACAUCAGACUAGUUGCACUCUACCGUUCCAACAACAGAUUAAAAGAUGCUGUGCUCCACUGUCAGGAGGCAGAGAAGAAGAUCCCUUUGCAGUCAAGCUUGGAAUGGUGUUCCUGUGUUGUAGAGACAUUUGAGGAAUAUCUGGAGUCUUUACAAGACUUGGAGUCUGAUAAAAAUAACUGGAGAACUAUCAAGAAAGAUCAUCUGCUGGCCUAUUCCAGCUUUGUCAAACUGACACUUUCUUCUAGAGAUGUUCAGGAAUGCAGAGAGGCCCUUGAAAGUUUUGACCGUGUGCUUCAGUCGGUGAAGCCGUAUGUGAACGGGGCUGAUGAGCUGUCUCGUACCUAUGUGGAGAUGAAGGGGCAGCUGUACCUGCAUGCUGGGACUCUGCUGCUGAAAAUGGCUGAGCACAACGAGGCACAGUGGAGAGCUGUGUGUGAACUAGCAGCCUUGUGUUACCUUGUGAGUUUCCAGGUUCCUAAACCCAAGUCCAAAGUAAUCAAAGGGGAUCAGACCGGACCAGAUGUGCUAGAAGUGUUGGCCUGUGNNNAUCUUUGUUUUCUAGGUCAUAUGCUGCUGAACUUAAGCCAUGGCAAGCAAGACUUCUUUAAAGAGAUUGUGGAGUCGUUUGCAAACAAGAGUGGAUUGUUUACGUUGUUCGAUAGCCUGUUUGAGAGUGGAGCUUCUAGGGAGAGAUCUUUCAUUGGCACAGAUGACAUUGGAAACAUCAGUGCACAAGCACCAGUGCAAGUGGAGCUUAAUAAAUAUGAUAUUGGUGCAGUUCGGAUGUACAGUGGCAGCCUCCAGCACCUGGUGUGGCUUGGCCUGCAGUGGAAUUCCAUGUCAGUCUUACCCCCAAUUCGCAAAUGGUUAAAACAGCUUUUUCACCUGCCCCAGGAAACAUCAAGACUUGAGACAGAUGCUCCUGAAUCCAUUUGCCUUUUAGACCUUGAAGUAUUCCUGCUUGGGGUGGUAUUCACUAGCAACUUACAGUUGCAAGAGAAGUUUAAUGCUCACUACAGUGCACAUCAGCCUCAGUUCUUACCAUUGCCAGUGUGCAAACAACUCUACACUGAGAAGCAAAGAUCCUGGUGGGAUGCUGUUCGUACUCUCCUUCAGAGAAAAACAGUACCAGGAACAGCAGCAAAAAUGAGGCUUAUUGUGCAGCAUGGAAUAAGUACUCUACGAACACUGGAGAAGCAUGGCCUUCAACCUGCCUUAAUUAUACACUGGGCAAAAAGCCUGCAGAAAACAGGGAUUAACCUUAACUCUUUCUACGACCAGAAGGAAUACAUUGGACGAAGUGUCUAUUACUGGAAGAAAGUUUUGCCUAUGCUGGAAACAAUCAAAAAGAAGAGGAGUAUUUCUGAACCUAUUGAUCCUUUCUUUAAACACUUCCAUAGUGUAGAUAUCCAGGUCUUCCAGGUAGCAGCAUAUGAAGAAGAGGCACAUAUAGCAUUUGCUAUGUUGGAUGCAGUUGAUGGCAAAACUGAUGAUGCUUUAUCAGCAUUUGAAGCUAUUAAUAAUGUGGUUGCAUACUGGAAUCUUGCCAUGAUUUUCCAGAGAAAGGCAGAAGAGAUAGAAAAUGAUGCCAUGCUGCCAGAAGAACAAGAAGAGCACAAAACUUACCUUAUUAAAACCCAGUAUUACUUACUGAAGAUCAUUGAGGAAGCCUCCUCAGAUGUGUCUGUAGCUGAGAAACUGCCAGUAUCUCUUGAAACUGUGAGGGAAAUGCUGGAUACAGUGAUCCAGGAGCUCGGUGAGAAUGCUGAAGAGGGAAGUCUUGCCUUCAGAAAUGGUCUGUCCCGAACUGUGGAUUCAGUGAUGAAACAUUCCACUCCAUCACCAGCUAAAUUCUCUCAUUCACCAACUAAGAGCUACAAGUUUUCUCCUAAAACUCCUCCUCAGUGGGCAGAAGACCACAAAACCAUACUUCAAAUGAUUUGUCAGCAAGUGGAAGCUUUAAAGAAUGAAAUGCAAGAAAUGAAACUUAAUAGUUCCAACUCGAACGCUUCUCAUCGGUGGCCUGCGGAAAGCUAUGGGACAGACACAAUGCCAGACAGUUACCAGAGAGCACAAAAUCUUCAUGAAGCUCCAUUAACAGUUGCAACCACUGGUCCAUCUGUGUUCUACAGCCAAUCACCUGCCUAUAACUCCUCUCAGUAUCUUCUUGGGACUGCUGCAACCAAUGUAACACCGACGAAG